GCCAAUAGGAAACCUUUUCUGUUCUCCAAACGACCGUCGUCGUUGUGAAUCCUGAUUUCGACCGGGAGAUUGUUUACCGGAAACAAACGAAAAAAUCGAAAUAAAUUCUGAAAAGGAGUCGGGUGCUUUAGACUUUGAUUAGUCCACGAAUCUAAGUGUUUAUGUUGAUUAAAUCAACGAUUUUUUUUGGUAAUUAGAUGAAAAAGAAUGCGAAUUGGACUCCGAUGAAUCUUUAGAGAUUUUCGAAUUACAAGCUCGAGGUAUAAGUGUGAAGAUGACGGGCUUUGUUACUUAUAGGUGGCUUUUGUUAUGAUGAAGAAUGAUUGAUGUGAUUCCAUGGAGGAAGAAGAGGAUAGAGCUUGGCUUAGUAGUUUAGGGGUGACAUCUGCGAACCCUGAAGAUAUAGAACGGGAUAUACUAGCAAAGGCAAAAAACAAUGUGGAGAAUAAUAGUCAGGUGGAUGGAAAUGCUGAUGUGGAAUCUCUUAACAAUUUAGAAAGCGAUGAUCCAUCCUCUACUAGCCAAGCAAAACUUUUGAAAAAAUUAAGGGCUGUAAAAUUUGAAAUAGAUGCUGUUGUAUCUACUGUUGACCAAUGUAGAGAUGCUUCAAGCAAUGAUGACCAUGCUGGCGACGGCAUUCACAAAAAUUACAGAGAGGAUGAUGAACAUGCUCUUCAGGCAUCUUGCAAUGAUUUAACUCUGCAGCAUGCCCUAGCGGCUGACCGACUAAGAAGUCUUAAGAGAACUAAGGCUGAAAUUGAAAAAAAACUGUCAGGUCUGGGUAACAGUGCUUCAAAGGGUAUUGAGCAUGAUAAACUGAUAAGAAAUUUGGUGAAGGAAGAGCCUAGACACAAAAGAAAAGCAAAAGAACCUCAGAAGCCAAGCAAAAAUAAAGAAAAGCGGCAGAAAACAAUUUCAUUUGAUCAUGAUGCAGAUUUUGAUGCUGUCUUGGAUGCAGCAUCUGCAGGAUUUGUUGAAACAAAAAGGGAUGAGUUAAUUCGGAAAGGAGUUUUAACUCCUUUUCAUAGACUUAAGGGCUUUGAACGCCGAGUUCAACAACGAAGGCCAACUAAUCAGAACAGUAUACCCAAGAAAGAAGAUGAGGGGGAUGAUAUGGCGUCUUCAAGUAUUGCCAAAGUUGUCCAAGCUAUGUCAGAGGCUGCACAAGCACGCCCCACAACCAAGUUACUUGAUCAAGAUGUUUUGCCAAGGCUUGAUGCUCCCACAUUCCCUUUCCAGAGGCUAAAGAAACCCAUGAAGGUUUCUGAUUCUCAGGAAAGUGAUCCAGAGAAGAGGAAAGGUUCAAAGGGUAAAAAGAAGCGACCUUUGCCUGAGAAGAAAUGGAGAGAGCGUAUUUCUCGGGAGGAAAAUGAUAUGGAAGAAAUUGUUUAUAAUGAUGUUGCAGAAGAUGGGAAGGGCAACUUGGUCACUUCUAGUUGCGAGGAAGAUCAGCAAGAGAAUGUUGACAGUGCAGAUUUUGUAAUGCUUGAAGGCGGAUUAAAAAUACCAGACAGUAUAAUUGGCAAACUUUUUGACUAUCAAAAGGUGGGUGUUCAGUGGUUAUGGGAACUGCAUUGUCAAAGGGCAGGUGGCAUUAUUGGAGAUGAAAUGGGCCUUGGUAAGACCAUCCAGGUCCUAUCUUUCCUUGGAGCUUUGCACUUCAGUAAAAUGUACAAACCAAGCAUUGUUGUCUGCCCUGUUACACUUCUGCGGCAAUGGAAAAGGGAAGCACGGAAAUGGUACCCAAGCUUUCAUGUGGAGUUACUUCAUGAUUCUGCACAGGACUCUGGUUACAGGAAGAAGUCAGCCAAAUCUUCUGGAAGUGAUUAUGAUAGUGAGGAUUCAAGGGACAGUGAUUAUGAGGGAGAGUUACCAUCUAAAAGUACCAAAAAAUGGGACUCCUUAAUAAAUCGAGUUUUGAGCUCAGAGUCUGGAUUGCUCAUUACCACUUAUGAGCAACUUCGUUUGCUAGGAGGAAAACUACUCGACAUUGAAUGGGGUUAUGCAGUCUUGGACGAAGGCCACCGAAUUCGAAAUCCAAAUGCUGAAAUUACUCUUGUCUGCAAACAGCUGCAGACCGUUCAUCGAGUAAUAAUGACUGGUGCCCCAAUUCAGAACAAGCUCUCUGAAUUAUGGUCCUUGUUUGAUUUUGUUUUCCCUGGAAAGUUGGGGGUCUUGCCUGUGUUUGAGGCAGAGUUUGCAGUCCCCAUAUCUGUUGGUGGUUAUGCAAAUGCUUCACCGUUACAAGUGUCAACAGCCUACAGAUGCGCUGUUGUUCUACGUGACUUGAUCAUGCCUUAUCUCCUUCGGCGAAUGAAGGCUGAUGUGAAUGCUCAACUUCCCAAAAAGACUGAGCAUGUCCUCUUCUGCAGCCUCACUGCAGAACAACGGUCCAUCUAUCGAGCGUUUCUUGCUAGCUCUGACGUGGAACAGAUUUUGGAUGGGAAUAGAAAUUCUCUUUAUGGGAUUGAUGUGAUGCGUAAGAUAUGCAAUCACCCUGAUCUGCUUGAGAGAGAACAUUCUCACCAGAACCCAGACUAUGGAAAUCCCAAACGUAGUGGAAAGAUGAAAGUUGUUGAACAAGUGCUUAGCGUUUGGAAGGAGCAGGGUCAUCGAGCUCUUCUUUUCGCACAAACUCAACAAAUACUAGAUAUUUUAGAGAAUUUCUUGGUUGCUAGUGGUUAUACUUAUCGGAGAAUGGAUGGUCUUACUCCUAUUAAACAGAGGAUGGCCUUAAUUGAUGAAUUUAAUAGCUCAACUGAUGUAUUUAUCUUCAUUCUAACAACAAAAGUUGGUGGUUUGGGGACAAAUCUAACCGGUGCAAACAGGGUGAUCAUCUUUGAUCCUGACUGGAACCCUUCAACUGACAUGCAGGCAAGGGAGCGAGCCUGGCGUAUAGGACAAAAAAAGGAUGUAGCUGUAUAUAGACUGAUCACUCGUGGAACUAUUGAGGAGAAGGUGUACCACAGGCAAAUAUACAAACAUUUCCUCACCAAUAAGAUACUGAAGAACCCACAACAGAGAAGAUUUUUCAAAGCCCGGGAUAUGAAAGAUCUUUUCACUCUGAAUGAUGAUGGAGAUACUGGGGCAACUGAAACUUCUAACAUUUUCAGUCAGUUGUCUGAGGAUGUCAAUGUCAUCGGGGUACAGAAAGAUAAGCAGGACAGCCAAAAACAUUGCAAAUCUUCUGCAGUGCAUGAGGAUGAAGUUGCAGAAGCUGGACCAUCUAGCAGCAGAGAGAAAGAAAAAGCUGAUGAGAGCACUGGUGACAAUGAAGAAACAAACAUUUUGAGGAGUCUUUUUGAUACUCAUGGGAUACAUAGUGCUGUGAAUCAUGAUGCAAUUAUGAAUGCCCAUGAUGAAGAAAAGAUGAGGCUUGAAGAACAAGCUUCCCAAGUCGCACAUCGAGCAGCAGAAGCAUUACGCCAAUCCCGAAUGCUUCGAAGCCAUGACAGUAUAUCUGUCCCGACAUGGACUGGGAAAUCAGGAAGUGCUGGUGCACCAUCAUCUGCUCGUCAGAAGUUUGGAGCAACUAUGAACUCUCAAUUAAUCAAAACGUCAAAUGAAUCAUCCAGCAACAGAACAGGUAUCCCAAAUGGAUUUGCUGCUGGAGCAUCUGCAGGUAAGGCAUUAUCUUCAGCAGAAUUACUUGCUAGAAUUCGAGGAAACCAAGAAAGAGCAAUUGGAGCUGGGCUAGAACAGCAGUUUGGUUCAGGCUCAAGGUCUGCAGAUAUUGCAACUUCGAGAUCUUCACAGCAGUUGACAGGAGUUCAGCCUGAGGUAUUGAUUCGUCAGAUCUGCUCAUUUAUCCAACAAAGAGGUGGAAGCACUGAUUCAGCAAGCAUAGUGCAGCAUUUCAAGGACAGAAUACCCUCGAAAGAUCUGCCAUUAUUUAAGAAUCUUUUGAAAGAAAUAGCUACAUUGCAGAAAGGCCCAAACGGAUCAUUUUGGGUUCUGAAACGAGAUUACUUGGACGAUUAACUUAAAUUGAGCACAGUGAGUUCUGAAUGGCCUAUUGUGAAGGGGAUGGGUUAGAUCGAUCGGGCAGUUGAUUUCUUUUUCAUUCAAUAUGAAUAGUUUGGAAGACGCUUCUCCAGGGUCCAUCACAGCAAAAUUUUGUUUUUUUUUUUACUUUCCUCCAUCACUGGAGUCACUUUUAUAGGCCAAAGGUACAAGUUCCUCCAUUGCUACUUUGUUUUUUUGGUGCGGUUUACUAGUAGCACUUUCUUAAUAGAAACCACACUGAAAGGAAAUUUUCUUCUGUGCAGAGUUCAGUACCUUUUUUAAUUGUCCCGGCCAUUUUUUUUGUUAGGCUUUGGGGUUAGGAAAAGAGGACUGGAGUAGAUUUGAUAUUUAUCCAAUUUUUUUUUUUUUUUUUUUUUUUUUUUCAGAGAACUCAUUUUCUCUAUUUACAGUUAAAGAUUCGUAGGUUGUCAAUUGUAGAUGUUAUACACGAUCAACCUUGAAGAGGGUUUUAACCCGUGCGUUAUUAUAGAA